ACAAGCCGCUAAGUAUUCGUUGCACUUGCGGCCAUUCAAUACGCGUUGUCGAUAUCAGUUUCACACGCUGGUGUACAUAAUAAAGCGACUGCGCGCCGCUCACGAGGCAAAUACUCAAAUCAGUGGUUCAAUGACGCGCCUCUAUGGUCCUCAGCUGGUGGCCUUUCUCGGUUUUGUGCUAACCGAAUGCACUGUGCAGUUUUUCGUGCUCUACUACACAUCGUGCAGUCAACAUGCUGCAUUUCCAUUUAGACCAGCGCAACGGCCAGGAGGAGAACCCUGUCAUAUAAGAUGGAAUAUAUGGGCAAUAGUUUACGUCUUUGGCCUGCUCAGUGACAUGUGUUUGGUUGUCAAUGCAGUACAUCAACUACAAUCACGUGUACAAGCCACACGAGUCGUGCUGGCGGAAGGUAGUGCUUGUUUGCCGUUGUUGCAAGCCAUGUGCCGCCAUUGCAGCGAUGUACAGUUGGCGCGUACGUUGGCCGAUUUUGCUCUCUAUUUGCGCAUGGAUAAUCAACAACAACCUAAGAUUGGGCGACGCUACGUUUCUGUUAUGAUAUGUGGCCUCUUUGCUAUGGAACGUCGUUUGAUAUUUGUAAUUUUGCAAACAAUCCUAAAUUAUCUGCUCAUACUUAUCCAAUAUGACAAAGUUACUUAAUAAAAUGUAUUAUUAUCCUUUAAUCACAUUGUUUUUUGUAGGCAUUGUAAAUAUGUUACGUAAUAAAAUACAAGCUUAAUGACGUGCUUCACCUUCUACGUAUGUAUGUACUUACAAUUGCGUUGGGUGGUGUGGUAAAUUAUAGCUUAUGUGGGUAUG